AGGACCAGGUUUCCCUAUAGCAUUAUCCUGCAUGUGUCAAGUUUUAGGGUUAGCUGGGUCAUUUUGAUGUUCACAUUGAAGUCAUCGGGGGUGAGGUUUUAGGUCAGGACAUUAAAGUGGAUGAACUUGUUAAAGUUGGUGUGAACUUUAGGGUCUCGUGUCAGUGAGAGUAGGAUGUUCUUUACAAAGAUAAAAGAUCAAAAAUGAUGAGUAGGGCUAUAGGGAGUCAUCACAUGACUCAGCAGGGUUUAUACCAACCCAGGCACGACCACACGAUCAUGCUUUUUUUUAAUCAGGUGAUUGCUUUUCUGUCGUUUAUCAGGACUCUCUCUGUAUUUCUCUCUCGCUAUCUAAGUAUGACUCUGUUUCUCUGAACAGUGAAGCCCUGCCUCUUACAUGCCUGUUCAGACUGAUUUAAUGAGGGAAUUAAAGCAAUGCAGCUCUGCUCAUAAUUCAAAUUGUUAAAUCAAACUUAAGUGUACCUCUCAGUGUGAAUGCUGAGGGUGUGUGAGCAGAUCCUGAACAAAGAGCUGGCUGCUACUGGUGGAGAGGGCUGGGUUUGCUCCAGACUGCUAAGGGAUUUAGACUCAGACGGGACCAUCGGACACAGGCUCGAGACUGUGAUCCUCCCGGCGUCCUGACGUCAAUUUAUAAGGACCAGCAGUGCAAGGCGGCAGCAGAAACAGCAGAGAGGAGUGGGACCAUGUCGUUGUGAUAUUCUUCAUUUAUUGCUGAGCAUUCGGUGACUGACCACAGCCUGAGCUGAAGAGGGGGGUCCCAAUCCCGACAGUGUGUGCAACAAUGGGAAAGGACUACUACAAGACCCUGGGCAUCUCCAAGGGCUCCAACGAGGAUGAGAUCAAGAAGGCCUACCGACGCAUGGCCCUGCGCUUCCACCCCGACAAGAACAAGGACGCCAACGCAGAGGAGAAGUUCAAGGAGAUCGCAGAGGCCUAUGAGGUACUCAGCGACCACAAGAAGAGGGUGGUCUAUGAUCAGCUAGGAGAGGAAGGUUUGAGGAAUGGCGGCAGCAGCACUUCAGGUGUUCCUGGCAGCUCAACGUACCACUACACCUUCCAUGGAGACCCCCACGCCACCUUCGCCUCCUUUUUUGGCGGCUCCAACCCCUUCGACAUGUUUUUUGGCUCCAACCGCAGCCACAGCCGCUCCAACGGUUUCUCCUUUCACAACGACCACGACGCAGAGCAGGACAUGGACAUGGAAGAGGAAGACCCCUUCGCUCAUAUCGGGAGGCAGUUCGGCUUCCCAGCGGGGGUGAACAACGGCUUCCCAGGAGAGGGUCGCAGGAGGCGGGGGGUGCACUCAGAGCGCCUGGGGACAGGGCGAAAGCAGCAGGACCCCCCGGUGGUCCACGAGCUGAAGGUCUCGCUGGAAGAGAUCUUCCACGGCUGCACGAAGCGAAUGAAGAUCACGCGGCGCAGGCUGAACCCGGACGGCCGCAGCAUGAGGACAGAGGACAAGAUCCUCAACAUUAUCAUCAAGAAGGGAUGGAAGGAGGGGACCAAGAUCACCUUCCCCAAGGAGGGGGACGAGACCCCUGAGAACAUUCCUGCCGACAUAGCCUUUGUGCUGAAAGACAAAGGGCACGUCCACUUAAAGAGAGACGGUUCCAACAUCAUUUUUAACUGCAAGAUCACUCUAAAAGAGGCGUUGUGUGGCUGCACAGUUAGCAUUCCCACGUUGGAAAACCGCAUCAUCUCGCUCCCGUGUCACGACAUCAUCAAGCCGGGGACGGUGAAGCGACUCAGAGGGGAAGGCCUGCCGUUCCCAAAGAACCCGUCACAGCGCGGCGACCUCAUCGUGGAGUUCUCUGUCCGUUUUCCCGACAGAAUUCCCCCUCAGUCCAGAGAGAUUAUCAGACAACAUCUCCCCCAGUCAUAGGAGGACUCACCGUACCCCCCAUUACCUCACUUCAGACUAAAUGACCCAAACCCUAGUUCUCAACCCUUCUGACCCUUAUUGUAGUUUCCCUUCCCACUUCCUGAUGUCCUCAGUUGACGCACGCAGCAUCGAACAGACGCUGCUGUUUGAAGGGACUUUGCAGUGGGAGGACGAAGGAAGAAUGCCAAGAUGAGUGGCAGAAUCAGGAUGUAAUUAUUCAUCUUUGUUUUGUUUUCAGGCCCAAUCAAACACACAAACAAACACACACACACAGAGAGCCAAGCAGCAGAGUUGUGUUGAGGGUGGGCUCAGCACCAUGAGCUGUUUUUCUCUUAACACAGUUUUUUUACGGAUUUAUCAGUGGGUUUUAUAUGCUGUCCAACUCUCUGAUCCUCAACUUUUUGUGAUAGGAUGAAGUGCGAGAUCUUUUUUUUUUUUUUAAAGAAACUUUUUCCAGAGUUUUUCUUUCUGAAGGAAGUUUUAAAGAGGAUUAUUUAUUUUUACCUUGAGUGUACCAGCAGUGUGUUCAGUGCAAACCCCGGUUUUAACUUAACCCCUUCCCCCCUAUUUGCCGCCUACUAGUUUGUAGGCCAUUUUGUUGUCUCCUAUAAUCAGCUGUAUACUGAUGCGUGAUUAACUGCGCAUGUAUAGUACUGCUCUACUCCAAACAAUAUGAGCGUAUCUCAGCUUCAUUGGAAAAUCUAGGUAUGACAAUCAUGGACAAUAACAGCAGUGUAAGCUCGGACAAUACAAUCUACACAUCAUAUGGGUGCUUUCCCUUCUGAACUGCCUGGCUUGCUAUCUGAGGGACAUUCAGGUGCCUUAGCACGGUGUCAUAACACGUAUGUGAACAUACAUGCACACACAAUGUUACACUGUAAUAAACACAACCAGCACAGACGAUGCCCUAUGCUUUUGUAGACAAUAACAACUGGUGAUCUUGGACAACCUUCAGUAAGCAAUGUAAUGUCAAUCACCAUAUUAUACUUUUAUGUGAGUGAGGACAUUUUUGGAGAGAUGUGAUGCAAAAUUGUUGAAAUGUGCCAGUGCAUCCCUGUUAAGUGCCAUACAAGUACAGGUUGGAUUUCCCAGAGGAAUAUAUCUGAAGUCCGUAGUACACAGUGGAGCUUUCUCUGGGAAACACAGCUUUAUUUAUUCUGAUGCCUCCUGUGCCAUUUGAAGGCCAUAUCUCGGUGCUACUGGAGGCAGUGCCAAUGUAGACCAAUUCUGUGUCUACUUGGUUUCAUGGUUUUUGAUAUCUGCUCCUUUCCUCUGUAACAUGUGAACAUCAAAUGUGUUUUGAUGUUUAGGAAACAGGUUUUUUUAACAUUCUCUGUCUGAGCUCUGAUCCUCUCUUCAGCUCUUCCUACUGUACGACAGAGAUAUGAUGUAUGUGUGAGAAUGGUUUCAUGCAGGCAGCAGCAGAAGGUCAUAUAUCACGUCAAUGGGAAAAUGUUUGUUGAAACAUGUUGAUAAAUGCACUUUUAUGUCAUUCAAGACAAAUUGACUAACUAUGAGAUGGUGGGAACAACUUGAAUGACUUGUGUGUGAGCGUCCUGCUGCUCGGGGCCUGGGGGGGGGGAUGUGGCGACAACAGGAAGCACAAGUGCAGCUGCUGGAAGCCUGUCACUGCUUAGGUGCAGUCAAUAAUAUUUAUGAUCUUUUCAAAAUAGCUACAAAUAAACCAAAUGUGUGAACUUACA